GGCCAUAUUGAAAUUAUUAGUGAUUCGGAUUUUAUCGUUUGCGAUGGAGUCAUAUUUUUGCGUAACAAAUUCCGAUUGUAACUCCGUUGAAAAUUUAUUGAAAUUAUGUCACUUGUUUACCUUUUUCCAACUCGGUCGUGUUCAAUGCAGAAAAGUCUCGAUCGUUUGACAAAAUUCGCCUGAGAAUUGUUAUUGUUAGGAAAAAUUGUCGAUUCGGGAGACAUCUUGUGUUGAAAAACCUGCAAGUUGCCCGUCUUGUCUGAUUUUGUCUUUCGCGUGAAAAGUAAGCGAAAUUAGAUCGGUGCUAUAGACGUCCGCAAUCAUGGACGUGUCGUGGGAUGCAGAGAACUUCGAACCAAAACUCCCGACCACGUUGACGUCGGCCCACAGAUGGGAGGGUGAGGACGAGGAAGAGACCGUCAAGGACAGUUGGGAGGACGAGGAGGAAGAAAAAAAAGAUGAGGAGAAAAAGGAGGCCACCCCAGCCCCUCCCCCGGCCAAGCCAAAAAAGAAAAUACAAGAAAAAAUCGCUGAAAAAGAGCGUCUAGAGCGUGAGAAAUCAGAGCAGUUGGCAGAUAAGGAAGAGGAGCUGACGCCAGAACAGAAGUUGGCAGAGAAGCUGCGUCGCCAGAAACUUCAGGAGGAGUCUGACCUGCGACUUGCAUUGGAAACUUUUGGUAUAACGGAAGUGGGUGGCUCAGGCAAACUGGACAGUUUCAACCCAACAACCAAGGAGGAGUUCACAGAGUUUGCAGACCUCCUGACUAAGAAAAUCACCUUCUACAAAAGCAGGGAGGAGUUCCCUGCUUUUAUUGAUGAUCUCGUCAAAAAUAUUGUUUUACAAAUGCCAUCGGCUGACAUCAAGAGGAUAAAGUUGACAGUGGACAACCUGUACAUAGAGAAACAGAAGGCAGAGAAGAAUGAUAAGGGCAAGAAGCCCACCAAGGGCAAGGGCAAAGCCAAAUUAAAAGUGGAAGGGGAUAAUGCUCACCUCAACCAAUACGACGCGUACGGUAACUACGACGACGACUUCGACGACUUCAUAUAAACGUUCAAUACAACGAUAUCUGGCCUCUGAUUCAUAAAUCCAUACUAGCUUAUUCCCGCGGCUUGCUCCGCGUGGAUUUAGGUUUUUUAAGAUUCCUGGGUGUGUAUACGUUAUAGGGGGAAACUGUGCUAAAUACUUGAGUCUAGACUCAGCUGUGAAUCUUCUAUUUUGUUCUGUUUGUUAGUUCGAAUGAUCAAACAAUCCGGAAAAACAGUCUGGUCUCUUCAAUGAAUAUGUUUAGAACAUAUUCAAUACAACGAUAUCUGGCCUCUUAUUCUGUCUAUACUAGCUUAUUCCUGGGGCUUCGUUCGCGUGGAUUUAGGUUUUUAAGAUUCCCCAAAUCUUUUCUAUAUCAUUUCAAAUUGGAUUCCAUUGUAGACUUUUUGACUGUCAAUUGCGGAAUUAACUAAUAACAAUAAAGCUAUGAGGGUUCUAAACGCGUCCUAAUCUGAAAAGAAACCCACAACCAACUCAGCCAGGUAUUCUUUUUACUAUCACCAUUUCACAAUAUCACUUAAACUUACCAGAACUAUCAAAGCUGUUAAGAGAACUUAUUCCCAAGCUUUCUCAAGUUUUAAGACUCAGCUAUAAACCGUCUAUUCCAUUCUGUUAGAUUGUUAGUUAGAUCAAACUCCUUAAAAAAGUCUGGUCUCUUGUAAUCUACUCAUUCUUCAUGAUCAAUUAAAUCAUUCUCAUGCACACCUUUUCUUCACAUGCUACUGUCCCGGGUAUUAUCACUAACAUCUUUAUGAAAAUAACUUAAACCUAUGAGUUGGAAAGAUCUGGGAACUCACCACAUUAGUAUCUCAAGAAACGCCUUAUAGGUAUGCGAUUAAUAGAAAGGGGUCAUAACCACCAGGAAUGAGGAAUACAACUAUAAAGAAAAAAGUUCAAAUUACAGCUCUCGAAGUCUCAUCUCCUGUGAAUAUUAUCAUUAAAGGCGACAUACCAGAAAUAUUAUAUAUUUUUUAUAAUCGCAUAAUUGUAUGACAACCUCGAAUUAUACUCAUAAUAUGUGUAUUUCAAAAAUGUAUUAUUUGUUGGAAAGAUGUCCAUCUGGUAUGGCAUUCUAUUUAUUUUCGAUUAAUUUGAGAAUGGUGUGUAGCGAAAUUUGCAUGGUGUAACGAAGAGUUAAAAAAUGAAAUCUGUAUAAUUAUGAGUUAACAGUAUUACCACUUUUAUAAGCCGCAUGGGCAAAAUUCGUUUGGGCAGAAAAGCGCAACCCAACGUCGACUAAAACCGAAUGUACACCAAUGAAAUAUAGACCUUAUUGCUUGAUGUUAAGGUUUUAAAUACAAGAAUAACAAACUCGUACUAUCUCGCUCAUAAUACGCGCGUAAAAAACAUGGCGCUUAGCAACAACCAAUAGCGGACAUAUUUUCGCGCCAUUCAAAAAUAAAAUUUCUGCGCAGGUAUAUCGGCGUAGCUUAUUAAAGUGGCAGUACUAUACAUUGCCGAUACGUGUGACUUAGUUUGUUCAUUAUUGCACGGUGUGCACUAUACGCCGUGCAAUAAUAAACAUAGACUUGCUAAAGUCACGAGUAUCUUAAACUAUAGCUUGUGUGACUUAUACCCGCGUAAGGCACUUGUCCCACCGCCAACAAGGAAGCGACUAGCUAUAUACUAUUUUCUCGCUCAAAAACUUACAAUCAAUGUGUGAUUUCGUCUCAGUAAAAGAGAUACACAAUAUAUAAAUAGAUGAUCAUGUACCAUGCAUGCCGGCGACAACUCUUUCCACUAAUUUGUCGCAGCGACUAGAGCUAUCAAAGAAAAACUCGUUCAACGACAAAACUAUUACACCUACUCGCUUCUCGUUGCUCGCCUACUCGUUUCAGGCUAAAAAGCUCAAGUACUUUCUCGCUCAUUACUUGCGGUCUGACAAUUGCCUAACAGGUUUAUGUUUAGGUCACGCAAUGCUUUAAAAGUUAUAUUAUAAUGUUGAAUUUUCAAGUAAGUACUAAGUAAACUUAGCUCUUUAUCUAAGUACAUUACUCGUAUACCGCGUCUUUGCUCUAUAUGUAUAAAAAUACCUAUAUCAUAAAAGGACAUAUUUUCAGAAAAAAAUCACAAUCAAGUCAGAAUUAAUUGAACUAACUGAUACCAUCUGGGCGAUUACAGUAUAAUAACAGGUCAGAAUCAGUUCUCCAUUUUGACUUGAUUGUGGAAUGGAAUGUUUUUCAGAGAAUACGUCCAAUAUUAUUAUUUAAUGUCACCACACUGUUUUAAAUAUUAAUUUUAUUUAUUCCCGAAAUCAUCGAUUUUAGAGGUCAGGUAUCAUAGUGGUCCCUACACAAUUUGAAAAUUAAAAAUUAAAAAGUUUAUUGCCUAAGGGCCAGCGCAAACAGCCGGAGUGGACACAUCCACAUCCUUUUGAUAACAACUGAGUGAAGCCACACGAUGCGUUGCAUCGGCGGCGCGGAGCCACUGCUUCAUCCUAUACAUAUGGAUGUAUCAUGACUAAUGUACAUGAUGCGUUACGAAGUCUCAUAUGUGGCGCCGCACUGCACGCGCAAAGGAAUUGGGACCAGAGAGACGAGACGGAAAGAGAUGGUGCGAUGUAAUGCUCAAAUUCAUUGCAACGCACCGGAAACGCAUAGUGUGGCCUCGGUCUUAAACUCAGCUUUAUGUAAUGUAACAUAACGAGAGUGAACUAAAGUGAAAAACUCUCGGUUUUCAUCCUCAAUCGACGUCAAAUAUUAGGCUGAAGCUGACGUGGAAUCGAAGAAAAAUAGAAGCAUCGACGUUUUGUUACAAGUUCCUUUACUAUAACAUUACGUUAAAAUUGGUAUACUGGAAACAAAACACGGAGAACGCGCCCCCGCCCAUUAUGUCAAAGUAAAUAAAGCUUAGUUUGAGUUGUUACCAAGAAAAACACCGCGCUUCAUCUCUGGUGGUGUGCGUUGCGCCUAAGGCUACGUCAUUGUCACAACUUGAAGUGUAAAUCUAGUCGUAUGAUUGGUUACUUAUAGAUCUAUAUUGGCAUUUAUUAAGCUACUUGCUAUGUAUAAAAAUUUAAGUAGUUUAACGUCUAGCAAUGUUCUCAAAGCUGUAAAGUCAGUCAAUCUGGACUUGGCCUGUAUGGUGGACUACGGGUUAAACCCCCUAUUCUGAGAUUGGAAUCUAUAGAGUGCACUUUGACUUUGCUUAGACGUAAGUUUUAGUUAAAACGAGACAGAUUUAUGCCAGCGGUAUAAUGCUGUCUCGUUUUUAACAGUGUUAAAUCUGAGCCAAGUCAAAGUGCCCUCCAUAGGUCUCAGCCUUAGAGAGUUAUGAUGAUUUUGGAAAUGGAAUUGUACGUAAUUCAAAGUUUGACUUUGAUUUUACCUAUGUGCAAGUACAGUGUUAAAUUAGUUUUAUUUUUUGAACAUUUUUAACAUUAAAGUUAUCAAAUGAAAGCGUGUAUGGACCACUAAUCCAUACAAACAAGCAGCCAUGUAUCGUAUAAUAACAAACCUAUUUUGUAAUAUACUGUCGUUUCAUCCACGGUUACGGUCCGAUGUUAUGUUAUAUAGAAUAAUAAAUUUUUUAUUGUGAUAA